GCGCAAGAUUGGCGCGCGGCGCGGCGCGAAAGCGGGCGGGAAAGAAUCACGCGCGGCGGGAAAGAUUGGCGCGGGUCCGUCGGGUUACCUCUCUGUCGCGCCCUUCCCAAUCCAUAGCCGCCGCAUUUGCUCGUCCACCGCGCCUCCCUGCUCAUCCGGACGUCCGCCGUGCCUCCCUGCGCCGCAUUUGCAAAGUUUGAUGGAAAAAAGAGAUGCACUAAGGAAGAUGGUGGUUGAUCCAAAAUGGGAUGAAAUACCAGAUGUGAAGACAAGAAAGGGAAAAGAUGCAACAGCCACUAUGCUGAGUGUUCCCUUCUGGAAAAGUGUAGCACUUUUCCAGAAGGUUUUUGAACCUUUGGUGAGGCUACUUCGUUUGGUUGAUGGGGAUGUGAGGCUAGCCAUGGCUUUUCUUUAUGGUGAGCUAAUUAAGGCAAAGAAGGAGAUCAAGGAAGCCUUUGGCAAUGUGGAGAAUAACUACAAAGAUGUCAUGGCUAUUGUUGACAAGAAGAUGAAGGACAGAUUUGAUUCCAGCUUGCAUGUUGCUGCAUACUUGCUGAAUCCAUACUACUCCUAUAGAGAUGCUGCCAUCUUUGAUGAUUCAAGUGCUGUGGAAAAGUUCAUGCUUUGUUGUGAGACAUUUUUCGAAGGUGAUGAAGAAAAAGAGUACUUGGCUGUUAAUGAAGAUUUUGACAAGUUUCGGACGAAGCAAGGUUCCUUUGGAAAGAAGAUGGCAAGAAGUUGUGAACGAUUUGAGUUCAACCCUGCAUCUUGGUGGAGGAUCUAUGGAGGUGGAGCACCAAAUUUGCAACGCAUGGCUUCUCGAAUCCUCUCAUUGACAGCAAGCUCCUCCGGAUGUGAAAGGAAUUGGAGCACUUUUGAGUUUAUACAUACCAAGAGAAGAAAUAGACUAAAAAUAGAGCGCCUCAACAUGUUAGUCUACGUGCAAUUUAAUACAAGGCUGCUGUCCAAGAAGGAGAAAAUCAGCAACAAGAAAUCUUAUGAAGUCCUCCUAAGCAAUGAUGCUGCUGAAGCACAAGGUUUUUUUAUGAGGGAGGGGAUGAACAAGUUUUGGUGGUGUUUAGGGACCCGGAUGAGGCUGAGGCUGAAGUUCCUGGAAUUGGGAUGACAUGGCGUAUCCUUGGAGAUGCAGUGGGAGCAGAUGAGCAGCUUCAACCUCGUAGGAGUGGAAGGAAUCAGCCUAGAGAUUUACAUGAAGAAGAAGAGUUCGAAUCUGAAGCCGACAGUGACUAUGAGGAAGAGCAAAUUCCUUUUGAGGAUGAUGAAGAUGAAAUACUAGGAGCAAAUUCCUUUGAGGAUUGAAGCUGCCUGGACUGUGGGCUGCUGCAUGUUGUGUUUGCCUAUCAUAUUUUGCUUGAUGGUGCAUUUGUGCUAUGUACUAUUAGCUGCUAGCUGCUAGCUGCUGCUAUGACUUUUAAGUUCUUAUUUUCUUCGUGUUAGAAAUUUGAACUAUGAACUAUGCUAUGUCAUCAUGUGGCUAUCUGCUACUUCAUGUGGACUGGUGUGCUGCAGGCUGCAGCUGUUAAUUUCA